AUGCACCCAGCUUAUAUACCCGUUUCACCGCCUCAUGUCAUUGGUGCAGUAUAUCCGUAUCCCAGAAAAGCAGAGACGCUCCCAGCUCAAUGUUUGCAGCCCGAGACUGAAUGGUCUCAUAUCCGGGCAUUUCCUCAAUUGAGGAGCGCCCGGUCACUGCGCCUUCUUGUGCGAGACGACCUGAGGAUUGGUUGCCAGGUGAAUGAUCUGGUGAGCAAUGUUUUCGGCGAAGUUAUCAGAUCAAUCCAGACCGAUGCCCAGCACACCAGGUUGCCACCAAGGCCGCACACGGCAUGUGCUGGCGUGCAAGCUAUCCCCGUCGUUCUUCCCGUCGAUCCUUUGGACGCCGAUACCGACGACGAAAGCGAGGUCUUCGUUCGGAGCCGCGUCAAGCAGCGAGUGGUCGACAGCGCGAAACGCUUCGUGCAAUGUGGACCGCGAGGUGACCUCCCGGCCGUUAUCGUCAGGCCAGUGUCCAGUGAGUGCUUGCUGCUGGCUGGAAUGAGAGGAUUUGCAGCCACAGCCCGACAGGGCAUGCCGUCGAAGCUUAGCCACGUCGAAUCUGGCAACAGCGCCAAAUCCAGUUCAAGGCCGGCGCAGCUAGGGUCCUUGCCGGCUUCAAUGAGCACAAAACUACCCAGGACGAGCAUCCUCGGAAGUGGAGGCUGUGGACUAGCACCGCGAGCCUCCAGGUUCAGGUCGCACGUUUCCUGGAAAGAUUUCUUGCCUGCGCGAUCGUCAAGAGUUCCAGAUCGUUCGAGCCCUCGGAGAAGCACGCUGAAGACGGCAAGGUCUUCGUGCGGCUACCCGGAAGCCGGCGUCGGCGGGCAGUGCACGGAGGUGAGAGUGGCAGACGCUGGAGUUGAAGAGGACCGUGCCAUCGGCGAGAUCGAGCAGCAUCAGCAGACGAAAGGUCCGAAGUACCGUGUUGCUCCUGGUGGCAGCCGACCGGUCGGUGGGCCUGUACGACAAGAGGUUAAGCAGUUCGUUGUCCUGGAGUUCCGCUCAGAACCGCGAGUGGUGCCUUCGCGUCGGAUCCAUGCCAAGACACGGAAGGCCAACCAAAACAGGGGCAUGGACACCUUAUGUUCGAAGUUCGGCCAAGAAUGGCAGUUCUUUAGCGGAUCCUGUCCUAAACGGCAGGGUAUUUAG